AUGGUGAAGCUUCAUUUUGUCUGUGGCGUGCUGCUGCUCGCCUUUCUCGGUUGGGCUCACGGGCUGCCGGUGAAGGAGCAGCUGGAGCUGGAGGAGGUGCUGACCAAGCUGCAGGAGCUGCGACGAUUGAACGAUGGCAAACUAAAGCAGAUCAACGAAGAAAAGGUGCAGCUCAGCACGCCUGCCGGUCAGCGGCCAACGGUUGGAUCGUCGGGUGUUUCUGCAGUGACCGCUGGCUACAAAACGAAACGAUCGCUCAACAACUCCGACCGACGGACGCUGCUGUACAACUACUAUUCGCGUGGAUUAGCCCCGAUGUACGACAAGCGUAACUUUGACGAGAUUGAUCGGUUCGCACGGUUCAACGGUAAGCGCAAUCUGGACUACGAGCCGUCCUACGCCGGUUCGAUGGACCAUGGCUACAAUGGACGUUUCAGCAAGCGCAACUUUGACGAAAUUGAUCGUUUCAAUGCUGGCUUCAACUAUCGUCUGAAUGGGGACGAAAUGGCAACGAUCGGCAAGCGAAACUUUGACGAAAUUGAUCGAUUCGGACGGUUCGCCUUCAACAAGCGAUACUUCCCGGAGGUGAAUGAUCUCAGCCCCGGUAACAAUCUUAAGCACGAUCUCUCGGAAGACAUGGCCGUCAUUAAUGAGUACUCGCAGUAA